AGUGAGGCGGCUUCAGUACGUAAUGGACAUAAACAACAGACUGUGCCCUGGGACUGUAGGGCUUGUAUGUAGCUAAUGCACUCACUAACCUAGUUAAGUUAAAUCAAACACUGCGCGGCGUUCCCGGGUAACCAUCCACAGACAUCUGUUGCAACAUAUCCGAUACAAGGUCAAACAUGAGGCUCUGCACUCCUCUCCUGCUCUGCCUGGCAGUAGCACUGUCCUCUGCUUUUGUGAUUUCACCUCCGCACAUGUGGACCAAACUGAUCCUGACCCACCACUGGCCAACCACCUUCUGUAGUAUGGAACACUGUCAUCCCAACAUUAGCUACUGGACACUACAUGGACUCUGGCCAGAUAAAGGGAUUGACUGCAAUUCAUCGUGGCAUUUCAACUCUUCUCAAAUAGAGGAUUUGCUUCCAGACAUGAAGAAGAGUUGGCCUGACUUGCUUAACCCCUUGUCUGCUGGAUUCUGGAAGUAUGAGUGGCACAAACAUGGUACAUGUGCAGCCAAAGCAGAUUCUCUGAAUAGUCAGCAUAAAUACUUCGGCAAGGCACUGGAACUGUACCAUAAAGUGGAUUUGGACAGCAUCCUGAAGAAGUUUGACAUCAUCCCUUCAGAAAAAUACUACACAUUUUCACAAAUUGAAGGCGUCAUUGAGAACUUCUACGGCAUCAAACCUAAGAUUCAGUGUGUCCAUCCGUCAAUGAAUGCUGACUUCCAGAUUUUGGGGCAGAUUGAGAUCUGUUUCAACCCUGACUUCACUCUCCUGGACUGUGAGACACGGUUUACCAUGGAAACAAUGUCUAAGAGAGAUUGGGACAAGCUGAUGGCUGUUGACAAAGCAUCUGGGUUCAGUGUGUGUGACCAUGAUUUGCCCGUUUACUACCCUCCACCUAAAACACAUACAAACUGAAAUGGAAAACACACUAAAACCCUACUUUUACAUUUUUACUUUUGCACUCAAAGACUGAAUCUUUGUUUACCAGUCAACUGUACUGUAAUUUAGCAUGCACAUACACACACUGACUAGCUAUGUUGUUUUUUUUUCUUCACAAUGAACAUAAUACCUUUUUUUUUUUUAAUGGUAAUUUUUGUCAAAUAUGGCCUAUUCAUAUCAGUGCAAUCUGAAAACCUUUUUUAACUGCAUCAAAAUUCUGGCUGUGACAGGUACUUGAAAAAAAUCACCUUUAAGUGCAUUAUUCUUUUUAUAUCCUAUAAAAGCCAUGGCGCGCGCGCACACACACACACACACACACACACACACACACACACACACACACACACACACACACACACACACACACACACACAGACUCCACUACUACUUAGUGCUUUAAUGGAAUUAUGUCCCUUCCUGACCUUUACUAGUAGAUGAAUCCGAUCCACGGCUCAACAGGAGGCAUUAUGGUGAGUUCAGGUCAGGCAGGCGGGCAGUUUAAUGUGCCUGAAUCUUAUCGGCACAUGAGUGGAGCCUUUUGUCAAAUUUGCAGGAGUCUUCAUGUUGAUUGUGAAGAUGUCGAACCCUAGUGUGUACGAUCUGAUUCCGCUAACCAUAUUUUACACCACAUUUUUCCACACAUCUUUUUUUUUUUUUUUGAUUGUAUUUUUUAGUUAUCAAAUAAGUGCUUUUUCCACUUUUAAUGUGAUGUGAUGUGAAAUGAUAAGUGAUUAAUCCAGCAUAUCAAGACAGCAGCCAUUCUUUAUGAUUAAAUCACUACAGAAAUAAUAUGGGCUAACAUUCAUAUGUUUGAGGGCUUUUGGGGCAAGGGCCAUCAUUUUAGCCCAAUACUGCUGCUUUGCAACAACAACAUCAUCAUUUUUCAGAUGUUAUAAACUAGUGGUAGUAAUGAUUAGCUACCUUCUGAUGUCUUGUGAAGUAAUAAGCCACUAUUCAGUGUUGUGCUGCACGCCUGGUUAGGUCUGUGUCUAUGUUGCUGAAAGAGGGCCAUUUAUCACAUUUGUGAGCUUAAAGCCAAUAGUUUAUACAUUAUGUAUAGACCAGAAAGUAAAUAUAGUGUAUGGUGUAUAAAGUCAAUGGUAUAGUCUUUUCUGCAUAUUUAAUUUUUAGUAGAUAGGAGUUAAAAUACUCAAGACACACCCCAAACACAAUACUUUACACAAGAUGUCAACCUCAUUAUGCAUAAUCUUUGCCUGUCCAGAUAAAAUGCUUGUUUCUCAAGGAUAUAGCAAAUAUUUUGGUAAACACUAUUUUACCCCCACUGAUUUCUACAAGGAUUUGUUUUUAUUGAUGCUGUUUGGAAUUUUUGCCAUAGAUAAAUCGAUUCGGUGUAAGCUGAAGUGUUAGUGAUCACUGUAAUUACAGCUACAGUGGACAAAUGCUGUGGUAUGAAAUGGUAUGGUAUGUAAUUUUUUAAAAUGUCAAUAAAACAUUCAAUGUGUAGUC